GCUCUGUUCAUAACUCUGAACUCGUUCAAUCACAGAGAGACCGAGAUUCACUUCAAAGUCUCUGCUUUGUGUUUGUGUUUCUUCUCAACAUGUCGCUGCUUUCAGAUCUCAUCAACCUUAACCUCUCGGACGCUACUGAUAAAGUGAUUGCAGAGUACAUAUGGAUCGGUGGAUCUGGUACGGACCUCAGAAGCAAAGCUAGGACGCUUACUGGGCCAGUCAAUCAUCCUUCAAAGCUUCCCAAGUGGAAUUAUGAUGGUUCCAGUACAGGUCAAGCUCCUGGUGAAGACAGUGAAGUGAUCUUAUAUCCUCAGGCAAUUUUCAAGGAUCCAUUCAGGAGAGGCAACAAUAUUCUAGUCAUCUGUGAUACUUACACUCCGGCGGGAGAGCCAAUUCCAACAAACAAGAGACAUGGUGCUGCAAAGAUAUUCAGCCAUCCUGAAGUUGUUGCUGAAGUACCCUGGUACGGUAUUGAGCAGGAGUACACCUUGUUGCAGAAAGAUGUCAAAUGGCCUCUUGGGUGGCCUGUUGGUGGUUAUCCUGGUCCUCAGGGACCAUACUACUGUGGUAUUGGUGCUGACAAAGCCUGGGGCCGUGAUAUAGUUGAUGCUCAUUACAAGGCUUGUCUAUAUGCAGGCAUCAACAUUAGUGGCAUCAAUGGAGAAGUGAUGCCAGGCCAGUGGGAAUUCCAAGUUGGUCCUUCUGUUGGCAUCUCUGCUGGAGAUGAGGUGUGGGCUGCUCGAUACAUUUUGGAGGUAAUUUUACGUACUCAAUUUAAGAAGAUACUACUUCCACUACCACUGCCAUUAAAUAUAUUUUUUCCUUAUGUUUUUGUUUCCUUGUAUGAACAGAGGAUUACAGAGAUUGCUGGGGUGGUGCUCAGCCUUGAUCCCAAGCCAAUCCAGGGUGAUUGGAAUGGAGCUGGUGCUCACACAAACUACAGUACCAAGUCCAUGAGAAACAAUGGAGGCUAUGAGAUCAUCAAGAAAGCAAUUGAGAAGCUAGGGCUGAGGCACAAAGAGCACAUUGCAGCAUAUGGGGAAGGCAAUGAGCGCCGUCUCACUGGCCGACAUGAAACAGCUGACAUCAACACUUUCAAAUGGGGUGUUGCCAACCGUGGGGCAUCUAUCCGUGUUGGCAGAGACACAGAAAAAGAAGGCAAAGGCUAUUUUGAGGACAGGAGGCCUGCUUCUAACAUGGAUCCAUAUGUGGUCACUUCCAUGAUCGCGGAAACCACCCUCCUGUGGAAGCCAUGAGUGCCAGCUACGCCCGCCUUUGGGAACAUUGUCAUUGUCUUUUCAUGAAGAUAAAAGCAACGUGUCAUUUGUGUAACCAUUGUGCUUUCCAUUAGAGUAGCUUUGUCCUGUUAUUUCUGUCUCAUUUGCCCUUUUUAUAUGAGGUGGUAGCAAUUCAUGAUACUGCCUCAUGUGUUAAAUAAUGGGUUUUGUAUAAACUACAAAAUGAAAGGGUUGGCUAUUUUGUUGAA